AUGCAUCCUCUCACAGUGGUCAAUCUUCUCGGCGCAACCUUGCCCGAUCGCAAGCUGGUCAAGGUCAGUCUCACCGUUUACUUUUACCUCCACCCUGUCUGCCCAAUGUCUUACCUCCCUCUGACCUUCCUCCCUAGAUCGCCCUCCUGGCCUUCUACGGUAUCAACCACCACACCUCAUCCCGUAUCAUGGCCCGCCUCCAAUUCCACGACCAACUGCGCGUCUCGGAGCUGAGCGAACCCCAACUCAACUCUUUGUCGGCGCUCCUCUCCGCACCCCCAAGUGCGAUCCGACCCAGUACACCCCUCUUGCCUUAUUCCCCUUCGACAGCACCAUCAGAAUCGACACCGACAGCGAGCACUUCGUCGAACAGGGAAUUGAUCCCUCGCGAUCCGCCUUCGGUCGCUCAAGAUCCCAUCUCGUCCCUUUUGCUCGAGGAGGAUCUGAAACGACAGAUGCGCGCCAACAUUGCGCACCAUCGACAGAUCGGCACCUUGAAGGGACGACAACACGCUAUGGGAUUGCCCGUGAGGGGGCAGAAGAACAGAACCAAUGGCAAGACUGCCAAGAGGUUGAACAGGAUCGAGAGAAAGUUCUACUCCACCUCGACGACAGCAGGAAGCAGAACGACGACGACGGGUUCGACUGGGUUGAUGAGGGAGCUGAAGGGGCUUUGGAGUAGUCAAGGCAGGAGUACUGCUUGGAGGAUGUGA